AUGAAGUACAUCAUCCUCGCUUCUCUCCUUUCUUCGGCAGCUUUUGCUGUUCCCCUUGCUCAGCCGAACAGGGGUAACGGUAAUACGGGCGCGACGACUGCAGGCCAGACGACUACGCAACAGGGUACUACAGGCCAGCAGUCAACUCAACAGGGGACCAACGGUCAAACUAGCGGAACCCAGAAUGUCAACACUGGAGGCGCUGCGACUGGCCAGACACCCACUGCAGGUGACCUCGCUACUGCUGUGUCCAACUGGAUGGCCGACACUUCUAUGGUGUCGAACUUUCUUAACACAGGCCCAAACAUCCAGAACAAUGCCCAGUUCAAGCAGGCUGCUCUCGUUGCGUUCAACGCUGAGGUCGACGAGCUCACUCACAAGGCUAUCAUCGACGCUGCCAACAGUGGUGAUCCCAAUGUCCAGGCUGCCAACAGCACCCUCGCCACUGGUGGAGCUUUCAUGGAUGUUGUCACCAAGCUCCAAGUGAUGUCUGUUCAGGGUCGAGCUGCUGUUGCGAACAUUGACUUGAUCAAUCAGAACCGUUGCGUCAACGUUCUGCCCAACAUCGACGCGUAUAUGGCUUCCACUGGUUCCAAUUCUCAGGCUGUUCGUCCUAUUGUUUGUGAUCAGACUGGUAUCGCAGGCGGCGUUCAGGGCACCGGAGCCACGCAGCCAGGCGCGGCCGCCGGUACUCCUAACGCCGCUUUCCUUGCUGCUAAAGCUCUUGCACAGGGCACUGGAAGCGGUCUUGUCGACAACGACGCAAACGGUAUUCCCGCGGCCCAGGCUGCUGCGGCGGCUGGACUCACUCCUACAGGCCAGGCUACUGCGGGAACCAUUCAAGGACAGCAGGGUCUUCAAGGAAACGGUACCGCAGGAACCACUCAGAGUCAGCAGGGUAGUGGUACCGCUGGAACUGCUACAGGUCAGCAAGGUACUGGCACGACGGGUGCCACCCAAAGUCAAACCAGUCCACAAAGCACCAGUACAGCGGCAGCCACCCAAGGCCAGACUGGCCAACAGAGCACCGGUACAGCGGGAACCACUCAGGGCCAGAAGGGUCAAACUGGACAGCAGACACAGACUGGCAACAAUGGGAACACCUCGCAGAGAGGUCAGCGAGCUAAGGCUGGCGGGUUCUUUGGACAGAACACUACCGGACAGCGAACCCAGUCAGCCCAGGGCCAGCGAGCGCAGCGGCAACAAGGCGGGGCCACAGCAGGAGGCGCUGGUCGCGGUGCGGGUGCUACUGGCGCUACGCAGUAA